UUUUAGUACUAAUAUGGCUAUAACUAUAGUAACUUGCAAAGAGAAAUUAUACUGUUUAUUCACAUGUGUUUCUUUCAUGAUUUAUAAAAAGUGACAAAAAUUUAGCUUAUUAUUCACUCCCACGUUUGAUUAUUACAAUAAAUAUGAACUGUAAAAAUGAUAGUAAAGAUAAAUAUAAUAAUUAUCAUACCCCUGCAGAAUGGCGGUAUAGUAGUGAAUUGGAAAUUAUGGCGUCCGAAGAACAGCAAGAAUUGGCCCAAAGAUUGGAACUCGAAGCUAACCGGUUAGUUGACCAAGCUAAAGACGCUGUGGGGAAAAAUAAGCUAGAAAUUGACCAUCAGUCUAAAGUGAAAGUCAAGGAUAUAGAAUACAAGUGUAAGGAACUAGAAAACCAAAAAAACGGCCUAAAUGAAGAGAUACGGUUGCUAUUAGGCUAUCAGACCCGCAUCGAAAACGCAAAGAAACGGCUGGUUGGUGAUGCUCUCGACGCAAUUGCUGAGUGUCUUAGGCUUAGAAAUUGUCGACAAGGUAUAGAUUUGGUAUUUGAUGACGUAGAAAGACAAUUGUUGCAAGAACGUGAACUGAUCAAAAUCGUUAACAGUCAACUGGAAGAUUUGGUAGAAAAAGUCAAAGUGCAGAUAAGGAAACUGAGGGAGUUUGUGUUCAGCUUAGCUGAGGAUUUGCAUUGUAAAGAAAAAACGUUGAAAAUUGAAGAAUACAAUGAAAAGCUUAAUGAAAAGAGCAUCGAGUUGUCAGUUUUGAACGACAAAAGUAUAAUUAAACCAGCGGAGAUUUCGUUUACAAAAUGGGAUCAAUUCACUACGGACAUCAUAUUAGCAGCCAGUAAAGUGCUUAUAGAUGGUCGGCCUAUACGUGCAUAUUUUGAUAAGACUUUAACUAAAAUUAUCAAUGACUUGGUAAGUAAAUCAGACGAAGUUGAACAAGCAUUUAAAUCACGGGUGGACGAAUAUGUAGCAGUUAUUGAAAAAUUGAGUAAACAAAGAGACGAAACAGUCAAGCACGCAGAAGAAGUACAAGGAACGAUCGAAAAACUUAGAAAUGCCGUCGACGACAAAGAAGCGUAUAUAGCACUAGUCCAUACUCGGUUGUUAAACCGUACACACAGGGAGGGUAUAGAAUUGUGCAGAGACGAGCUGGAAGUGAAGCUAAAUGAAGAGAUGACUGAAUUAGAACAGAAUGUGCGAAGCCUUCAAAAAAUGAUAGUUGACACGGUUGUGUGCCAGCGACGGCUCAAACAGUCGUCAGCCCGUAUCGACGUGCAGCUGGCCUACAAGCGAAAUACGUUACGUAUCGAUGGCGAACUUUGCGCCGAACAGCGUAAACGCGUCAAUUACCGAACCUUUUAAUAUAUAUUCAUGUUUAUUACGGGUUUGAUAUACAGAAUUAAAUUUGUUGUGAGUUGAUUUUAUUUUCAUUA